AUUUCCAUCAGGUGGAUUCUCUAGUCUGCAGAAAAAAAUGUCUUUUAAAAUGUUGCCUCACCAAAUAAAACCUUCACCCAAACACAAAAGACAUGAAUUUAAUCUUCCUCUUUACAUGAAUAGUCACUCACACAGUGCUUUCCACCACACCCUGUUUGACAGAGUCUCACCUCCUUCAGCCUCCACCCACCUUGGCUUUCUCUACCACAUGUCACGCAUCGGUCUCUCUCUCACUUACCGUCACUCUGUUCAAAACCUCGAAUGAACAGUUUCCUCGCAGGUGGUCGUCUCUGGUACAUGGUUUUUCCCGGCGCAAAACUUGAGUAAGUGUGACAUUAAUUUCUGUCUUUUUAAUCUUUUGAAUAACUUCUUAACUCCAUUUUUUAAAGCAGUGACACAAAUACCUUUGUUUUCAGUUGCAUACCGUUCAUUUAUUCUCAGUGUUUUGUGUGCUGUGUCUAUUUCUGGAGUUUUUUUUACAUACUUUUGUUGCUUAUUUUCCUAGGCUCGAAUAUUUGAACUUGAUAGAUGUAAAGUAAAAUAAUUUUGUGAUUACAGUGCCACCAGUUUUACUUCAAAUUUCAGUUUCAAUUGUGACAGGAGUGUUAACUUCUGUACAUCUGUUAACAAGUAGCAUGUCUCAAUACUCUGCCUGUCCUUGACCAAACUUAUUAUGACUAAAAAGUUUUCUGCGCACCACACUGAUGCUGUGAAGCGAUCAUUUUGGCAGGAAACCAGUAGCACUGCGAGCAGUCAGCCAGCUUCCUGUCACUUCACAAGCUAGACAGUUCAUAGCUGAAGAAGAUAAAAGCAAAACAGAUUUCCUGUUACAUCUCCAGCAAACGCACAUACAGGAUACAACAAUUAUGAGCCUGUGGUUACACUUCAGCCAUCAUGGAUGGUAACUUUUUGACUGUAAGUGUGCUUGGAGUAGAUGUAGACGGUAUAAAAGCUUUAUUUUAUGUCAAAGUUAAGCAGCUGUUUGGAUGUAAAUAGGACUAUAGCCUCUGUGAAGGGAGCGGUAGGCUCACAAACUGAUAAAUCUUAAUUUGGCGGGAUAUUAUAGUUUUCAGUAAUGAACAUUUGAAUAAAUGCCAUUUAAUUUUUGUUUUUUUUGUUUUUUUUUCUCUCUCUCUUUAGCAUCUGACAUCUAUUCCUGGCCAAAGAGAACACAGAUGGAGAUUCCUCUGACAAAAACUUAACUCGCUUUAAAAGUAGGAGGAGGUUAACUCUCAAGCUCUGCCUGAAACUGCAACACUGAACGAAGGAAAUCUUCUGUAUAUUCUGAGAAGGUAAAGAGCAUUUCUCUAAUAUCUGUCAGUUUGUUGGAUACAUAGCUGUGUAACAUUAGUGGACAGAAAGCAGUGAAUUAAUAUUUAGCCUCUCUGUCAGCUUUUUUUAUGUCACCCGAAGUUGCAUUUUGGUGACAAGGCAAACAACAUGCGGCUCACAAAAAAGCCAAAGUUGGCAGCAUCAUCUAAUGUCUGUGCACACCAAGUGUCGAUUAAGACACACCGCUCCUACAUUUCUGAAUGUGCUCAUCACUUUCUGAGUUAAUAAGUUGGAAAGGUCCGAUGGAGAAUGAUGCCACAUAUGCCUGUACACCUCCAAUAUGGUUACAAGAAGCAGUUAAUUUGGCUAAAUUACAUAUUUUUAACAAAUAUGUUUACUAAAUUAUUGUUAGAAAGCACCAACAGACAUUAAAAGAUAAGCUGAAUUUAAAAAAUAAAUGUGUGAUAAUGCUAAUUUGGCAAUGCUUUUCUCUUUUCCCAUUGUAGACAUGACUGAUUCUGGGAUCAAACUUAACUAUACAACAACCGGCACUCAGACUGUGUUGAUCCUUUUUUUCAUCCUAGUUGCCUUACUCUUCCUGCUUUUCUUCUUGUACAAGAAGUUAAACAGAGAGGCUGAUGGAGAAUACACCAUCCAACGCAUGGUAUAUAAAGAAGGUGGGGUCAGAGACCGGGUGAGAGGUGUAGUGUUGCCUUUGGAGACACGUCUGGGAGUCCAACUGUGGCCUCGCAGUAAUACUGAUGAGGACGGAGAGGAAAUGCAGGAAGUUCAAGAAGAGGAAAGACAGGUGGAAGACGGCACCAGCUGUGACGGCUGUGACAGUGAAGGAGAUGACCAGGAGAAUGAAGCCGAGGAAGAGAGAGAUGCAGGGGCAGGAGGAACUUCGGAUGACAACUCAAGUCUGGAGAGUUCUGAGGCAGGAGAAACAGCCAGGCUAACUGAUGAUCCUGAUACAAAGGAAAAGAAGGUGGAGGAGAAAGUGGAGGAUGGGGAAGGUGAAGGUGAAGCAAGUGAAGGGGCUGGAUUAUUGAUCGAUCUGAAGCAGUUCUCUGGAAGUGCCACAUGGUCUGAGAACGGCGUCUACAAAGACAGUGAUGUGACUGCUCUGUGAGAAAAGGCAAACAGGGCAUGAAAAACAAGUGCAGCUUACGGUGUAGUGGGGGAUGUGGUUUGAGUUUUAGAAAUACUGAGGCCAGAAGUUCAAACAAAAUGCUACCCAAUACUUACUUUUAUUUUAGCCUACGAGCGGUCACACAAUCUAAAACUACUUGAAGAUGCCUAAAAUAUCAUUACCAUUUAUGGGCAUUUCAUGGAAAAUUAAUGUACAUAUGCAAGAUUACAAGGUUUCAGAUUUUGACUGUGUAAGACUUCAGCUUGCCUUUGAAUUGUUGCUUUAGCAUUUCAGAUACUGUACAUUAUUGUUGUACAUCUAUUUUUCCACUGCUUUCAUUUUUUUUUUAAAUAAAAAGGAAGAUAAAAGAAUUGUAA